AUGCCGAUGGAAAAUGAAGAUAUUUCACUCUUCCCCUCCGAGUUUGAAGUGGAGGAGAUUCAUCACUCUCCCACAGCUUAUGUAGCUAAUGAGCAUGAUAAUCAAAUAGCAAAUGAUCCAAAAUCUUCUCGAGAGGAUGAUGACGAUGAUCUUUAUGAAGAUGAGGAAUUUUUGAAAGAAAUCAACUUUACAGGAAUUAAUGAUGACAUCCCAACAAACAUAGAAUUUGAUUUUGGUGAUGAAGAUUUUGAUCCUUUUCUUGACAUUCCCAACAGCCGUGUAAAUAAAGUCAAUGAAGUUGCUUCUUUAGCAACUAAGACUAGGGAUGAAGGAAAUGUUCUCAAAAUUCUGCUCUCUACCUCCAGGCCCUUGGAGGUCACAAUAAGCCAAGGAGAUGUGACAUCGGAGAUUCCUCCGUCUGUGUCACCUGUCUCAACAUCAACUCUAGUCAUUUCUAUGUUAUCUGAACCUUAG